AUGACGGCGACGUCUGCAUCGCCGCCGGCGCCUGAGAACGAGACAGAGCCUCGUACAGAGGCAGCGCCGGCUGUUCGUACGGAAGAGGAAGAGUCUGAACUUGGUGCAAAGGAAGAAGAGCGUCGGAAAAAGGACGCAGCGGCUGCUGCGCUCACGCUAGAAAUCGUCGGUGAUCUGCCUCAUGCGGACGUCAAGCCGCCGGAGAAUGUCCUGUUUGUUUGCAAGCUGAAUCCUGUAACGCGCAGUGAGGACUUGGAACUUAUCUUUUCGCGGUUCGGUAAGAUUUGCAGCUGUGAAGUGAUCAAAGACAAAAAGACGGGCGAUAGUUUGCAGUACGCCUUCAUCGAGUUUGAGGAGCGAGCCUCCGCUGAACAGGCCUAUACCAAAAUGCAAAAUGUCUUGAUUGACGAUCGCCGGAUUUGGGUGGAUUUCUCCCAAAGUGUCUCUAAACUACAUGGCGUGUGGGUCAAGCAGCGCACAGGCAAAGCACCCUCGAGCCAUACGAAGCCCAGCUCGUCCCACCGUUCUUAUGAUCGAAGGCAGGAAGAUACGCGCCAUCGCGAUUAUCGGUCACGUCGAUACGAUGAAGACGAUCGUCGCCGUAAUCAUCGCUCGCAUCGAUAUGAGGACCGUGAUCGCUCGCGACAAAGGUAUGAGGACCGUGGCCAUCGGCAUGACUCUUAUGAGCGGCGGUACCGGUCUCGGGAUGAUCGGUCACGCUACGAUGAUGAUCGACAAGAUCGCCACCACCGCCGUGCAGACCGUGAAACUUCGCCCCGUAGAGAAUCAUAG